UGCCUGCCCUUGCAUGAGCGCACACAAGUUCCUGGCAGCAGGUUGAUCACUUUACUGCAGUUCUCUGUGUUUAAAUGAGAAUUCACCGUUUAAGUCGCGAGACUUGCAAAGACCCGUGGGUGAAUUUAUUUGCGAGGACUCAGGUUCUUUUCGAGCGAUAGGUUUUUAUGGAAACUUGUGGAUAAUGGAACACGAGACGUUAAUGUAGCUGAGCCAACAGCAACUGCUAAGGCUAUGCGCAGAUAAAUAUACAGGCUAUUUUCACUGCAGCCACUAGUUAGCUAUGUUUACACUGACAGAACCAGAGAGACAGCUCCGCCCCAACUGAGGUCAGAUAACUGCAAUGGUGUUCCCAUCUGGACAUCCCCUUGCCGACCUCCUCACUUCACGAGGUUUUAUCCCGUGUAAAGGUCUUUAGAAUUAAACCGAGUAAUCAAUGACCACAAAACGUCUGUAUGCAACAUGCCCGGUGACAAAGAGCUAAAGAGUCUUCCGUGUGGCCCCGAUGGUUUGGACUGCAUCUUUGAGGGUAAUGCUCGAAUCCUGGUCCUGACAGUGUGUUCGGCAGCCAUUGGAGGAACUCUUCAGUAUGGUUACAACAUUGCCAUAAUCAAUGCACCUACUAUUUAUGUCCAGAAGUUCAUCAACGAAACUUUCCAGGAGCGCUGGGGUGCUGAACUCCAAGUCUACCAGGUGACUCUAAUAUGGACCUUCAUUGUGUCCAUCUUCUCACUGGGAGGGCUGGCAGGUGCCCUGAUUGCUGGUCCAAUGGCUAUCUACUUUGGAAGGAAGAAGUCAUUGCUGCUGAACAAUGUAUUUUUGCUGCUGAGUUCUGUGCUGGCAGUGUUUAGCAGAGCUGCUAGGUCUGUUGAGAUGAUCAUUCUGGCCCGGUUUCUAGUGGGGAUCAAUGCAGGUGUCAGCAUGAACAUCCAGCCCAUGUAUUUUGGAGAGAGUGCACCUAAGCAUUUACGAGGUGCUGUUUCUAUAUCUUCAGCUGUGUUCACAGCUUUUGGAGUGGUGCUGGGACAAGUGGUAGGGCUCAGGGAGAUCUUGGGGAGUGAAUCCUGCUGGCCAUACCUUUUGGCUAGCAAUGCUGUCCCUGGUUUCAUCCAGCUGCUGACAUUACCCUGGUUCCCUGAAAGCCCCCGGUACCUCCUCAUUGACAAAGGAGACAAAGAGGCCUGCAUCAAUGCCUUAUGUCGGUUUCGGGGUUGCGAUGUCCUGCACAGUGAGAUCGAGGAGAUCCAGCAAGAGCAAGCAGCAGCCCUGGGAAUAAAGGCCAAGGGACCCUUGGAACUGUUUACGGAUCAGAGUGUGCGAUGGCAGCUGCUGUCAGUCAUGGUCAUCAGCAGUGCCAUGCAACUGUGUGGGAAUGAUUCUAUAUAUUUCUAUGCAUCGUACGUGUUCCAAGAAGCUGGGAUUUCUGCAGAUAAAAUCCAGUAUGUGACCAUUGGCACAGGUAGCUGUGAAUUUACAGCUUCAAUAGUCAGUAACCUGUUGAUUGAGAAACUUGGAAGGAAGUUCUUGCUGAUGGGUGGGUAUAUUCUCAUGGCUGGCUGGGCAGUGGUCUUCACAGUGAGUCUGUCAUUCCAGCACACAGUGUCAGAGAUGCCCUACUUGAGUAUGACUUGUGUUUUUGCCUAUAUACUCAGCUUUGGAACAGGGCCAGCUGGAGUAACAGGUAUCCUGCCGACUGAGAUAUUCAGUCAAACAGCUCGCCCAGCUGCCUACAUGAUUGCUGGUUCCAUGAUGUGGCUCAACCUCUUCUUGAUGGGCAUGGUCUUCCCCUUCCUUGUGAGAGGCUUUGGCCAGUUUUGCUUCCUUCCUUUCUGUGCCGUCUGCCUUCUCUCAGCCGUCUUCAUUGGGCUGGUGUUACCUGAGACAAAGGGGAAGAGUCUCCCUGCCAUUGCUGAAGAGUAUGACAAGCUUAAUUUCAGGGGCCAGGAGCUGCAGCUUUCAGUUUCAACUCAACUGGCCCAAUACCAGCCGAGCAAAGUACUCAGUUCUACUUCACUGUAGUUUGUGCAUCACGCGAGCAGCAGAGCUGCAACAUUUGACAACUGUUUAAACAGGUUUAUCCAUUUAUGGUUGCAGUAAGUUCUUGUAGAAUGGAAGUUAAGAUUGAUAUGUUUUUAAACCAAAAUGAACUUUAAUCAUGGGAUUUUCUAACCUUGGUCCCAGGUGAUCUCAGGUUGAACCUUUUAAUUGAUCAGGACAAUUGAAGACCAGAUCCUAAUUCUUUUAGCUAAAAUAUUUAAUUCAAAAUAUUAUGGCACAGAAUAAUUAUUUGCACAUCUACUAAAUUUAUAUGGACAGUAACUGUGGAAAGAUUACUUGCCACUUUCAUGAUUUUCUUUAUUACUGUACAUUUGUCAUACUGAAUGGUUUCAGAUCUUUAGACAAAAUAUAAUAUUAGACACAGGGGGGGAUUCCUUUUUCACAUGAAAAAGUGAUAUGGGUGUUUGAUAGAUUUUUUCAUUAAAUAAAUGAAAUAGUAAUUGAAAAAAUGUGUUUUGUUUACUCAAUUACCCUUUCUGUCUAAAGAUCCGAAACCAUUCAGUGUGACAAUUAUGUAAUAAUAGAGGAAAUCAGGAAGGGGCAAAUACUUUUUUAUGACACUGUAUCUGUUUUCUAUACUGGCAUGCAUGACUGCAGUACAAAAUGUGCUAUACAAUUGUUGAUCUGAGUUGAUCUGUACAGCUUUGUUUUGCCAAUUAAAAUUGAAUGGCAUUAUUCAUUGAA